AUGGCAGCCAGACAAUCAUUUAUCUAGCAAGAGAAGGAUUUUGAUUUUUCAGCUCUUUAUCAGUCAAUGGGUGAUAUAAGAAAAAGUCUUUGGAAUUUGAGCAGAUAAGAUUAAAAUUUCAAGAAGAAAUUAAGUGGAUCUCACGGGCACUACUUUAAUCACUUGAUGACAGGCAAACGAGCAGAAUAAACUGAUGGGAGAAUAUUUGGGUAAUCAGCCGACUCUAGAAACUAAAGAUUAAACAGCGGGAUACAGCAGCUAGUUAUUUAGAGAGAUUAGAAAUCGCAAAAAGAAAAAGUAUAGACCGAGGAAAACGAAAGUAGAUAAAAAUUAAAUCUCUUUGUAAGAGAAUAUGUUUAGUAGAAUGAUAGUUAGGAAUCAGAUUCAGAUCUUAAAUCAAAAGGUCUAGUCAUCAUGAAUAAACUGACUGAAAAUUUGGGUAACAUGAUUUAAUCAAGAAAUGAUGUUGAUAAAAAGUCAUCAACCUAAAAUCAUAUUCAGCAACUUUAAAAGCUGAAGGCUCUUUAAAACUAAAAGCAAAUUAAUGAAUUGAUCGAAAAAUUUAAGAAGCAAGUACAGCAAACAUUCGGAUAAUAGAGUGGUGUUAAUGGUUCACCUAGGACAUAUACUGAUCCAACAAAAUUGAAUCUGGCAAAUAAUGAAUGGCUUCAAUUGAUAUUAAAGACAGAUCUGCAUUUCAUGAGUUAUUAAUGUUUCAAGAUCCUAUUAGGCAAUGAGGAAAUAAUGAUUCCUAUUGCAAGAGAACUAUAGGCAUUGCAUGGAUAUGAUAAAUUUACUAGACAAGACUUAGAAGAUACAAUUAUGCAAAGUGACAAGGAUUUGUUUGUAUAGUUCAGGGAUAAGUUUAUAUCAUUCGAUUAACUCAAGGCAAGAAUAGCUGAGAGGCAGGGGCUAGCGAAAUAUACUGUUUACGAUGACAUAAAAGAUACUCUUCAUCCAAGCAUUACUUAGAAUCUUGAUAAAUAUGACUAGACUAUGAAAUUGUUAUUCAAAAACAAGGAUAAAAUAGAAGUAUCUGACUUGCUUCGCCCUCUAGAAGCAUGGGAAGUAAAUCCAAAGUGUCUGAAAUCUAUUUAAUAUGUCCACAAGAAAAAAUUCAAAUAAAGUCUUAAUCUAAAUAAUCAAAGGAUUAUUGUUAAUUAACUUCGAAGUUUGACUGAAGUUCCUACAAAUAGAAAAUCUGAAAAAGAUAAAAACGCUAGUGUAGAUGCUACAUCAAGAUAAAUGACUAAGGAAAAUUUAUUAAAUUCUGCAAAAGAUAAUUAAAAUAUAAUACUAGUUAAUAAAUUCUAAUAAUAGUAGCAAAGUUAGAAGACAACUAAACACUACUUAAAAGGAGAAAAGUUAACAGGAUAAAGAAGAUUAAUAAAACAGUACAAAGAUCUCCAUUAGCAGCAUUAGUAGCUUAUCAAGUCUUCUGUUGCGUUUUACUCAAGUAAAAAUGUCGAGAAACAGAAACAUCAAUCUUUUAUAGGAGCUACUGAUUACAACUUUUAUCAAGAUUUGCAGAACUAGAGAAUAGAUAAAGAUGCUAGCUAGAAUCAAAUAUAUAAAUCAACUAAUAGAGAUAGUGUGAAUCAAGAUUAAAGCUAGAAUAAUAUGGGUAAAGAAAGACUAGCAGUAAUAAUGCGAGAGAAAGAGCAUAAAGAACUUUAAGAGAGGAGAAAGAGUUUGCUAUUCUUGAAAUAGCUCGAGUUAGCAGGAGCCAAUAUUCAUGUGGACAAUAGUAAAAAAAAGCUGUUACAAAUGGAUGAUGAUCUUGAGAUAGCAAUCAGGGAAGAUCUCAUGAGUGUUGAUGAUGUAUCAAUACUUGUUACAGACAACAAAGAACUAUCGUUUCAUUAAGAAAUCGAAAAGCGCAAUAAAUAAUAUAAAUAGCUAAAGUCUAGUUUUGCAAUGGCAAAGAAUGUAAAACUUUAAAAAUUUACAACUCAAGAUUAAACAAAGUAGUCUCAACGAUAGAAUAAGUUAAAGUUUGCUAACGUAAGCUAAUCUCCUAUUGAAGAUGCCUAAUCAACUGAGCUAUAUACACCUUAAAGUUAUGAUAUUAAUGCUAGUCCAUACUUGACUAAUCCAACUGUGAUGAAAGAUCUAAAUUAUACUAGGAAUUCAGUUUAUUCAAACUUUAAUACUUCUGAUGAGUAUUCAGCUUCUAGAAUGGAAAUGAUGGUCUCCAAACUUAAACAUAGAGUGCAGCAGUACUAAAGAUCAAAGUCUGGAUAGUUCACUUAUAGAAACUAAAGGAUUUAAGGAUCAGUCACUGAAAAGAUACAAAAUUUUGCUGAAUACUAUGGCAUUCCAGUUAGCAGACAGUAAAACUACAAUAACUAAUAAGUUCAUAAUAAAACUUAGAGAACUCUCUAGCAAAAGAUCGUUCAGCCAAUGAAGAGGGAACUCGAAAUGUCAAUGAAUAUGGAACAGUUAGAUACUGGAAUAAAAACGGAUAGUCUGAUAGAUACCAUAACAAAUAGCAGACAAAAUUUAUUCAACGGUGGAUCAGUUAGAUAAUCUAGAAAUGCUGGCUUUACUAACACUUCUAUGGACAUUGCCUCCAAAAGUAGACUAAAAGAUACCAAAGGAGACUAUAGAACAAAUGCAAUGGUUCAUAGAAUCAACAAACUCAAUUCAUUGAGAACCUCACAGUAAAGUAAAAGAGGUGCCGACACAGCAAGCCUAAAAAAUGAUGAGCCAAGACCCAACUCAAACGUUAUGAUCAAUGAAAAUAUUUUAUGA